ACUGACCACACAUACACAUAUAUACACCCCCUCAAUCUCUUAUAUAUACACAUAUUAUAAUUCAUUAGUUUCGCAACUACAUCCAAUCGAGACAGAAGGGCGAGAAGAGAAGAAAAAAAUUUGUUUUUUUUUCUUCUGUCUUCUUGUUCCUUUUAUCUCGCCGAGCGUUUAUAAUGGCGGCGACGACGACGACGAAAGGGCAGUUGUGUAAUUUCAUGCAUGGGAUGAAGCCGGCGAUGCUGAUGGUAGUGGUCCAGGUGGCGUUCGCCGGAGUUAACGUGCUCUACAAAUUAGCAGCCAAUGACGGAAUGAGCUUACGUGUCGUGGUGGCUUAUCGGUUCAUCUUCUCCGCCGCUUUCAUGGUCCCCGUCGCUUUGAUCUUCGAACGGGGCAAAAGACCAAAAAUUACUUGGACAGUUCUAUUCCAAGCCUUCCUUUGCGGCUUAUUUGGGGGAUCAUUAGCACAAAAUCUGUACUUGCAAGGCUUGGCACUAACUUCAGCCACAUUUGUUUCGGCCUUGACUAAUCUUAUUCCCGCCAUUACCUUCAUCCUCGCCAUCUCUUUCAGGCUGGAGAGGUUGGAGCUCGGGAAGGCAGCAGGAAAAGCAAAAGUGUUGGGGACAUUAAUGGGGAUAGGUGGGGCGAUGCUACUCACGUUUUACAAAGGCUUCGUCAUCGAUUUCAUGAAGACCGACAUCGACCUCCUCUCCUCCUCCGGUGAUCGCCACGUGUCCUCUGUCCGAGCUUCGUCUGGCCACCGCGUGUUGGGUGCCUCCUUGGCUCUCGGGAGCUGCUUCUCAUACGCUAUAUGGCUCAUUAUUCAGACGAAGAUGAGCGAGAAAUACCCGUGUUAUUACUCGAGCACGGCGUUGAUGAGCAUCAUGGGUUUGAUUCAAGCGGUUCUCUUUGCACUUUGCGUCGAGAGAGAUUGGUCACAAUGGAAACUCGGAUGGAACAUCAGAUUAUGGACCGUUGCUUUCUCGGGAAUAAUGGGAUCGGGACUAAUGGUGACACUAAUGUCAUGGUGCGUGAGGCUAAGGGGUCCACUCUUCGUAUCUGUUUUCAACCCUCUCUUGCUCGUAUUGGUCGCCAUAGCCGGGGCCUUGUUCUUGGAUGAGAAGCUUUAUUUAGGAAGCGUAUUGGGGGCGAUAUUGAUCGUAUGCGGGUUAUACGUAGUGUUAUGGGGAAAGGGCAAGGAGAUGAAGCAAAUGGCGCGAUUAGUUCCGUCGAGAACUCUACAAGAAACAAUGGACGUUGUCGUUGAGUCGCCGGGAAACAUUAAAGCUACGGAAAAGGAUAAAGAAGAUCAUGUAAACAAGUAAAAAUGUUAGAAUGUCGUAAUAAUAAUAAUUUUGGAAGUUUAUAGAAACGAUAAAAAAAAAAUACGAAAUAUCAA